GUGUUUAGUGCAUGUAUCUAUGCACUUCCGGAAUUAAAGCAGUUGGCAAUAUGGCCUCCCAAGAGACUUGUCGUUACUGUUUUCCAGUUCAUAAUCCACUAUAAUCCAGAUCAUAACAUGGCGCUGCGGACUGUUUCUGGUAUGUGUACGAUGCGGAAUAUCUCCGUCGCAUUCUGGUAACUGGACUGUAAUAGAUAUUGACGAAUAGUUUGGUUUUGUGAUGUGUUAAGUGUUACCCUAAAACGCACGCGUAAUGGAGGGACUGAAACCACCGGGACCUUUCACCUUUGAUGGAGAUCUGGCUAACAAUUGGAAGCGCUGGAAGCAAAAAUUUUUAAUAUAUAUGAAAGCCACAGGUGGUGACGGUAAAGACGACGGUAUUAAAAUAGCUACAUUGCUGCACGUGCUUGGUGAAGAAGGGCAGGAUUUAUUCUUCACCAUGGAUAUAUCUGAAGAAAACAGUAAAAAAUAUGAUUCUGUUCUGGCAUGCUUAGAAUCAUAUUUUCUGCCUAAGACUAAUCAAAGUGUCGAAAGACAUAAAUUCAACAAUCGAGUACAAGAAGAAGGGGAGACUAUCGACGCCUUUGUCACAGCACUAAGACGUCUAAGCACCAAUUGUGGUUAUGAUGGACUAAGAGAUGACCUCAUCAAAGACAGAAUAGUGUGUGGAGUUCGAGAUUCCCGUCUCAAAGAUCGCUUGUUACGGGAGCCGAUACUAACGCUGGCAAAGGCAACACAAAUUUGCAAAGCUGCUGAACAGACACAAGAAUUAAUGGAGACAAUCGAUAGAAAGGAGGUAGUACAUACAGUGUAUCGUAGCAAUCAAAAAAGUAUGAAGUCGUCAGAAAGAAGUACAGAAGAUGAAGACAUCUGUGAGAAGAGAACUUCAAAUUACAGGACAAGAGGAAAACCCAUGGGACGAGCAGCAUACCCUUCUCACUCUAAUAACAGCUUUAAGGGUCCACGAGAUGGAAGGGCCACGCAUCAGCAGUACAACAAGCCAUCAACAAGUAAGCUACAUCCGGAACAUGGCACACACAAUGAAGGCUUUUCAAGGUAUGGUCAAUCUUUUGAUAAGAUGUGUCACAAAUGUGGACAUAAACAUUCUUACCAACAGUGCCCUGCGAUCAAUGCUGCAUGUUAUAAUUGCAAUAAAAGGGGUCAUUAUUCGAGAAUGUGUAGAUUGAAAUCUGUCAAUGAAGUGUUAAAUAAGGAAAGUAAUGUAGGUAGUGAAAAGCCUGUUGAAUUGUUGUUAGGUUGUGUUACAUCUAAAAUGCUUAUGCCUGUUGAUGGUAUAGCAACAAACCUAACGGAUGAAUGGUUUUAUAGUUUAUAUAUAACUGACUCUGAUGUAAAUAUUAAUUUCAAAGUUGAUACAGGGGCACAAGUUAAUGUACUUCCUGAAAGUGUUUUCUUAAAAUUGAAGUUAACUAAUACUGCAUUGUUAAAGUCCCAGGUGGCACUCAGAACCUAUUCGGGGUCAGAAAUACAACUCUUAGGAAAGUGUUUUCUUGACUGUAGGACUAACUUAGGGACCUCGCACAAAUUAGAAUUUCAGGUGACAAAAGUUGAUCACUCUACACCUAUAAUAGGGUUACCUGGCAUUCAGCAACUUGGAAUACUUAAGAGAGUAGACACGGUGGAUGCGAGACAGGAACCGCAAAUGCACAAAAUGUUGUCUCAAUAUAAGGCUGUUUUUGAAGGCUUAGGCAACAUUAGGGUGGAACCACAUCAGUUUGUGCUAAAACCAGAUAGUGCACCACCGACAGUUUCUUUUCAAAGAAUACCCUUUUCUCUACAUGACCAGCUGCAAGAAGAGCUGGAUCGAAUGAUAAAACUAGGGGUAAUAAUCAAGGUGGAUGAACCAACUGAAUGGUUGAACCCUAUUGUUGUCGUAAAGAAGCCUUCUGGGGAAUUGAGAGUUUGUUUAGACCCUCAACCAUUAAACAAUGCAAUCUUAAGAGAACACUGUAGAUUACCAACACUAGAGGAGGUCACUCUCAAAAUGCAAGGAUCACAGUACUUUAGCACUUUAGACGCCAAUAAAGGUUUUUGGCAGAUACAGCUUACUGAGGAAAGCUCAAAGCUGACUACCUUUCACUCACCAUCACAGGGACGGCUUAGGUUCACACGCCUACCCUAUGGACUGUCUUGUGCGUCAGAAAUUUUCUUCAAAGUUUUUAGCACAUUGUUUCAGGACAUUGAUGGGGUACAAGUUUAUAUUGAUGACAUCAUUGUUUUUGGUAAGGACCAACAUGAACAUGAUCAGAGGUUGGAAAGGGUCCUUCAAAGGGCAUUAAAAAAAAAUGUAACAUUUAACUGGGAUAAAUGUAGGUUUCGCCUAAGCGAGGUCAAAUACAUAGGACAUAUCUUCGGCAAAGAAGGAAUAAAAGUUGACCCGAGUAAAGUUCAAGCCAUAACUGACUUUUUGGAACCCAAGGGAGUGAGUGACUUGCAAAGGUUUCUCGGGAUGAUAACUUACCUUGGAAAAUUUGUUCCCAAUCUGUCUGAACACACUGCCUUAUUAAGGGAAUUGUGCAAACAAGGGGCUAUCUGGCAGUGGUCAGAACGACAUCAAAAUGCUUUUGAAAAAGUGAAAAUUUUGUUAGCCACUACACCUGUAUUACAGUUUUAUAACCCUCAUGAGCCUAUAACCAUUUCAGUUGAUGCAUCCCAAAAGGGUUUGGGAGCAGUUCUGUUACAGUCUAAGGGUCCAGUGGCAUAUGCAUCAAAAUCAUUGACACAGACCCAGCAGAACUAUGCACAGAUUGAAAAAGAACUGCUAGCGGUAGUUUACGGCUGUGAGCGUUUUCACCAAUACAUUUUUGGGCGUACUGUUCUUGUUGAGACAGAUCAUAAGCCAUUGGAGGCAAUAUUUAAAAAACCCUUGGAUAGGUGCCCAUUACGAUUACAGCGCAUGAGAAUCAAGUUACAAAAUUAUGACAUUACCCUGAAAUAUGUUCCAGGUAAAGAAUUAGCAAUAGCUGAUGCCUUGUCUAGAGCUAGUGGCCCAGAUACAAACUUUGAACUGCAUGAACAAGAGAUUGCAGCUCAACAAGGCUUGGUUGUACACCACAUACAAGCAUCUAACAAAACUUUGGGAAACCUUCAAUCUGAAACACUUAAGGAUGAAACAUUGAUCCAACUCAAAGCAGUCAUCUUAAAGGGUUGGCCUAAUACAAGUAAAAAACUGCCGUCCUGCGUAAAAGAAUAUUAUUCAUUUAAGGAAGAUUUGACUAUACAGGAUGACCUAAUAUACAAAGGAACCCAAAUCGUAAUUCCCACAUCCAUGAGAGGGGCUUUGCUAGAUAAAAUUCAUUACACUCACUUAGGGAUUCAAAAAUGUAAGCUACGGGCUCGUGAAUGUGUUUUUUGGCCUGGCAUGUCAAGAGACAUAGAAAACAGAGUAGGCAAUUGUACUACAUGCAGGGCAGCACAGCAUGCUAAUACUAAAGAACCCCAAAUUGAUAAAGAAAUUCCAGGCAGACCCUGGCAGAUAGUAGCUAUUGACAUAUUUCACUUCCAGGGCAAAGAUUAUCUCUUGCUAGUUGAUACAUACUCGAAAUACCCUGAAUUUAGCCACCUUCCAAACCUCUCAUCAACUCAAGUAAUUGCACACUGUAAAGCUGUAAUGGCUAGACACGGUAUUCCGGAAAUUCUCUACAGUGACAAUGGUCCUCAAUUUUCCUCUAGAGAGUUCAAGGAUUUUUCCAUGCGUUGGGAUUUUAAACAUAAAACCUCGAGCCCUAUGUACCCGCAGUCCAACGGACUAGCAGAACGCCAUAUACAAACUAUCAAACACAUGUUAAAAAAGUCUGUUGCUGAUCGCAAGGACAUCAUGCUAGCUCUUUUGGAGUAUCGUAAUACACCAAUUGACACCACAAUGCCUUCACCGGCCCAGCUGUUAUUUAGCAGACGCCUAAGAGGCUUGCUACCCUCUACAGCUGACAGAUUUAUUCCUCAAAUACAGCCUAACAUAGUGCAGGAUUUGUAUGCUAGACAACAAAAACAAAAACACUAUUACGACUACCACUCGAGGGUGCUGAAACCUCUUAAGGAAGGGAGUCUAGUAAAAGUUAGGAACAGGAAUUCAUGGCAAAGUGGACAGAUUGUGAAACUCUUGGACAGACCACGGUCGUAUCGCGUAAGGGUUGACACUGGUCAUGAGGUAGAAAGGAAUCGAAAAGAUAUAAUCAGGGAUAGCAUAAAUCAGCCUCUGGUCAUUGCAGGUGACAUAGAAGAACCUAGUGGAGACACUCAAACAGUUGAUAAAUAUGAAUCAAAAACCCCACCUGUGCAUGAACAACUCUCAUGUGAAUUAGUAAAGGAUGGUGAUGAUAAUUCACAAGAAGGGUUUAGAGGAUUUGAAGAAAGACAUAGGCUAGGCAAUAAUGUACAUGAUACACAAAGGAAUUUUGUUCAAAAUGGGGAGAGAGUAGUUAAGUCAAGUUCAGGGCGAACUGUGAAGUUACCAAAUUAUUUAAAAGACUAUGUGUGUAAAAUAUAAAGAAUUUGUUACCAUUUUGUAAACCUUGUGUGUUAAUAACUGUAUUGUUUUAAAUGUGUGGAUUAAUUAUUAGCAUCCUAAAGGUGCACUAAACUGCACUUUGAUAUAAAGACAUGUCUGUUCUAACUUUAUAUUUUGAGAGAGGAGAUGUUAUGUAUCUAUGUGUUUAGUGCAUGUAUCUAUGCACUUCCGGAAUUAAAGCAGUUGGCAAUAUGGCCUCCCAAGAGACUUGUCGUUACUGUUUUCCAGUUCAUAAUCCACUAUAAUCCAGAUCAUAACACAUAAGAACUCCCCGGACCAGCCAGCGUUGCACAUGCAGGAAUCCCCGACGCAGUGCCCGUGAAGUCCGCAGUCCAGGUCACACAGCUCUAGGGAAAAAAAAAAUGGUACAAGCGUGCACUGAUGCACGCGCCCUCCGCGCAGAAGCCGUGGCCCGAGCAGGUGGGGUGCGGGCAGUCCACUGGAAGCACGGGCUCGCAACCGUCGACAAGAGCGCGUCCACAAACAACUGGUGGACCAAUUCCAGCACUUUUUGAAACCUUUUUUUUAUUAAAUUUUUCUUAAAGGUUUUUUUUACACAAUGGGGUUGUUUUUACCAUGUUUUUAUUAGCUUGACCUGCAUGUAUGAAUGAAUGGACUAUGAAAUAAAAUCUUUCCAUUCAAAU